UAACCCCCCGGGGUUGUAGUACUACUCCCUGCUUCAUCGUAUGGUCGAAGACUGAAGAGAAAUGUAAUAGUUACAUUGAUUUUGUCAGAUUUGAGUUCCACCUAUACCAGGAAGAUGCAGUAUUCCUCUUUGGAUUGGUGAAGCUGAGGUGCUAGGAGUAUGAGCUGAUUGGAAACCACGAUUGAUCUAGGGAAGCCUGGAGAGGUCUCAAGGAAACUAUGGAUCUUCGCCCGAAUAUAACUUAUUGGGGAAGUGUGGACACGGCUAAGCCUCUGCAAGAUCGUCUCCAGACAUGGCUGCCACAAGAUGCAGUGGAGUUCCAAAGGUCGUAUGGUCGAGGUACACGGCAGGUCAAGAUUCGGCCCAAUUUCGUCUUUUUCCAACCAACAUUGGCGCUAUUUGAGCCACAGGGUCGUCUUCCAGUUGGCCUUCAUCAGAUACCUGUUCUGCACCUAUUCUGGAUCGGCGAAACGGAUAUCAACUCUUUCAUCAAGAAUGGUAACCGUGAUAGCCUUAUUCAAUGGCUGAAGCUGCUCCACGACAACAACUGUCCAAACUACGUCAUCGUAGUUGUCGAGGAGGUGAAAAAAGCCGGCAAGAAUGCUACCAUCUACGACAAGAUCAAGAGCGAGUUUUGUGCCAAGCAGCCAACCAGGUGUUGCUCUGUGCGUGUGGUGCCCGGCGGCAUUUCGUCGGCCGAGUCGCCGUCGUUCACCGCGCUAGUGGUGCGCGUGCGCCAGCAGAUCGUGCAGGCGCUGUCCAAGCUGAUGCUGCGCUCCGAGGACUACGUGCGCGAGCGGCGCGAGCAGUGUCGCACGUCACGCUGGCACUACUCCGAUCAUUUCCUACUGCAGGAGCAACUUGCCUUUCUGCUUGAGAUGUGGGGCUGCUUGAAUGAGAGUCUGGUGCAGUAUGAUGAGCUGGAUGCUAUCCUGUCACAGUUCAUCAACAACACCUCAGCUGGCGAAAUGCAGUCGUGGUUGGAGGACAUCUGUAUACCGGCUGAGGAGUUUGCCGGAGUACCGCUGGGCAAGACGACGUCGGUCAAAUAUCGGGAGCUGCUCAAGUCGCGCGGGGCAUCGCUGCUCGAUAUUCGAAACCACCUGUUCAUGCGCCAGUCGGCUCUUCUGUGCGAGAUGGGUCGUGGUGUGGAGGUGGCCAAGCGAGCGCUGCCGUUCCUUCAUGCGACGCUACGCGAGAUCGACGCGAUGCGGAUCGAUAAUGUUCCUGGUGUGACGGAGAGCUGGGUGUACCUGUCAUGUUUUCAGGUGUCGAAUCUGAUCGACAAGCUUCUGGCUCAGUCGACCAAUGACCCGGAGCAGGUCUCCCUGCUCACUCUCAACAAAGCGAGGCUCAUGCACUAUGCACAGCGAAAGCUAUAUCAGCUGGCCUCACUUGCGGGCCUUACUAAAGAGAAGGUCGCCGAGGAGAAACGCGUCGACGUGGCACGACUAAUAACUGGCUGCAUCGCACAAGCUGACGAUGAGGAAUCCACGGCCCCGUCGCGUCUGUGCAAGGCGCUCUGCUCCAGCGAGGAGUUCACGAGUCACUAUGUGGAGCUGUCCAAUAUGGCACGUGCACUGUUCAUCCAGCAAGGUCGACACAGACAGGCUUCUAUCGUGUGUGUUGAGCUGGCAAAGUAUUUCGUUCAGUUCAAGGAGUAUGCGCAGGCAGAGCCACUACUAAUGGAAGCGUGUUCGGGAGCCUGCAGCAGUCUGCUUCCCAGCAUCAUGGCGCAGAACCUGGAGCUGCUGGCGGAGUGCUGGCUAGCGCUGGGCAAGACUCAGAAAUAUUUGGUGGCCUGCUCUGUCCUAGCCUCUAGCAAGACACCACUGUCGGUGGAGAAGCGUGAGAAGUACCUCUCCCUACUGGAGACAGCCAGCACAACCAGCAACGAGGAGGCAUUGGGUCCUGUAGCAAAGGACAGUGCUGACGGAGAUGUGCCCAGUGUAUCAUCAGGAAAAGUAAGCAACAAGCUGAUUCUGCCCGGCAAGCCACUGGUUGUGAUCGGUGGUAUCACCACCACCACACCGGAAGUGCGCCCUCGCCAACCGAUAACCGUCUGUAUGACCGUCGUGUCGACCGCAACCAGGGAUUUACAAUGUCCGAGUGUGACAUUGCAGAUGCACUCGCUGCGCAGCGUGCGGCGCUUCACGGCGGCCAUGUCCAACCCCAGUGUCUCACCGAGGGCGGUGGCGUCGACGGCCAGACACCCGCGACGGAGCACGAUUGUGUUCGACGACAUGCACGACGUGUCGAUGAGCGGCGCAGAGUCGGCUUCAUCUUCUCCGCCAGUGAUGCUUGAAGAGAUGAAGGAUGAUCCGAUGUCUCCUGAUACCGUUCGUAGCGAACACUUCACCAGGGGUCCCGAGGAGUUUGAGUUUCUCUUUUCCAGUCAGCCGUCCGACUCCUUCAAGCGCAUGCCUAGCUGUAGCAGUCGAGAUCUCAUCCUGUCGGCAAGUGAUGUUGUGCUGCGCCCUGGCGCUAAUCUCGUCGAGUUGACGUCGCAGAGCACCAUCGUCGGGCAUUUAACGGCGGCGUCCGCUCAGCUCGACCUCGGUCAGGUGCGGCUAGCGUACAUCCUCUCGCAGUCUCGUAGUGCCAUGUUCCCAUCGGCACAGACCAUUGGGUCACUCUCGUCCACGGCUGAUAGCAGUGUACUGGCUUUGGAUGUGGUACCCGCCGAGCCCAGUUACUCUAUAGACCUACAGCUAGCAUCAGGUGAGAAUCGUUUACUUUUCGCGGGUACCAAAGAGUCGCUGUUACUGAAUGUGAGCACGGCUGAUGACGUCAUUGAACACUUUGUCUCGCUGAUCCUGACACCAGUGGAUGGAAUGACCAUCUGUCUCGAUGAGACGGUGGAAGCCAGGCUCGUUUGUCGGCAAACAGGUAAAGAGGAGGAUGUCACGCUAAAGUGGUGCGAGUCAAAAGGCAGAGCCGUGGUGUUCACAAUGCCGUCGCUGUCGCCACACUCCUGUCUCACCAUCCCUAUCAGUCUGGACCUGGACAGGUCGGUGAUGAGAGAUGCGGAGAGUGCGGCGCCCGCAGGGAAUGCUCCGCGCAAGGCUAAGAUGUUACCGACAGUAACUCGCGAGGUGUUGGCAAUAUUGGACGAUUCAGCUGUGGAGUUUACAGAGCGCAUUUGCUGUUCGAUCUGUACAGCGCUGGAGUUUUCCCAUACAGCACACUCAACACCGCAAGGGGUGCUACUCUCACUCUCCACGACAAGUAACAGUAGUUGCCCGCUGGCUGUGGAGAUGCGAGUGUGCUGGUGUGAGGGUGAAGAGCAACUGCAAACAUUCCAGUCUGAACAGUCAGUCAUCAAGACCACUCUGUUGUACCAGGGUGUAUUUGCGUCACUGUGGACACUACCCCAAUAUGGUAAACCCAAUGCAAAGGACAUCUCUGGUAAAGUCAAGGUAUUGGCCACGUACACGACGGUUGUCGAUCAGGGAAACGGAGCGGAGUCUAGCCGGAAUGGUCCAGCUAACACUGCCAGCACCACCACAAACCAGAUGACGUUCUUCCUAUAGUCCUAAUCCUGUACUCACAGUUAAACAAGCAUGUACCUGAGGAGUAAGGUGCAGGGCGUCACUAUCCAACAUGGCCUCUUGCUGAAGCCGCUUCCGAUGGCUUUUUGUCCGCCAUGUGUCUGCAGAAUACCCUGUUUCCAGAGACUUCACGAAAAAUUACUAUUUAUUCACCCGCCGUGCAUGCCCCAGUCACCAGCAUGGCUGGAACGACAAUACUUGAGCUCAUAAGAAUACAUCCCAGCAUAACCAGUCAUACCUCACAUUGCUCACCACGCUUGUUUUUACCACUUUUUAACCCAUUGCCGCCUGCUGCUGCUGCUGCUUGCUACGCAUCUUUACAAAUUGCUGUUAGCAUCGUUACACAUUUCUUCUCUUACAGUUCGUAGUAUUUUUUUUACUUCACUCUAUUUUCUUUCACGUGUUCAUAAAAUAGCAAGUUUAGAGAGUUUUCACCACUCUCUCUGGCCAGCUGGGCGCUCCAGUAAGAAUAGAACGUAGACCGUUAGGGAAUCUGGCCAAUAUUUAGCCAUGUUUUAACAACCUGUUCAGAUCUUAUCUUCUGUUCAAUUUUGCUAAUUUUGUGAACGCUGGGCACGCAGACAAAGCUGCCUCUCCUC